AUGGCCAGUGUCAAGUCAAUCUAUGAGUCUACACAACCUACUACUUCCGCAUUCAAUACCAAAGAUUACAAACCAGAACUCGUUAAGGGUGUCAAAACGGUUCUGGUGAUUGGAUCCGGUGGUUUGUCUAUUGGGCAGGCCGGUGAAUUCGACUAUUCGGGGUCUCAGGCUAUUAAGGCUUUGAAAGAGGCCGGCAAGAGGACGAUCUUGAUCAAUCCUAACAUUGCGACUAACCAAACGUCGCACUCGUUGGCAGAUGAAAUAUAUUACUUGCCCGUGACGCCAGAGUAUAUCACAUACAUUAUCGAACGUGAGAGACCAGAUGCAAUUCUUCUAACCUUCGGUGGCCAGACUGCGCUCAAUUGCGGUGUCGCCCUUGAUAAGAUGGGAGUGUUGGAAAAGUACGGUAUCAAAGUUCUAGGUACUCCUAUAAAAACGUUGGAAACUUCUGAGGACAGAGAUCUAUUUGCACAGGCUUUGAAGCAAAUCAACAUCCCUAUUGCCGAGUCGAUUGCAUGUGAGACCAUCGACCAGGCGCUCGAUGCCGCUGCUAAAGUUGGCUACCCCGUGAUCGUGAGAUCCGCGUACGCCCUGGGAGGUCUAGGGUCCGGCUUCGCUAAUAAUGAAGCCGAGAUGAAGGAAUUGACCGCACAGUCACUCUCACUAGCACCUCAAAUUUUGGUCGAGAAGUCUUUGAAGGGGUGGAAAGAAGUUGAGUACGAAGUCGUUCGUGACAGAGUCGACAACUGUAUUACAGUCUGUAACAUGGAGAACUUCGACCCACUAGGUGUUCACACCGGUGACUCCAUUGUGUUCGCACCUUCCCAAACUCUCUCCGAUGAAGAAUUUCACAUGUUGAGAUCUGCUGCUAUCAAGAUUAUCAGACAUCUGGGUGUGGUCGGUGAAUGUAAUGUCCAAUACGCUUUACAACCGGAUGGAUUAGACUAUCGUGUAAUUGAGGUGAAUGCUCGGUUGUCUCGUUCCUCUGCUCUAGCUUCGAAGGCUACUGGUUACCCAUUGGCAUACACAGCUGCUAAAAUCGCUUUGGGAUACACCCUGCCCGAAUUGCCCAACCCAGUUACUAAGACAACCGUUGCCAACUUCGAACCUUCUCUGGAUUACAUUGUUGCCAAGAUUCCUCGUUGGGAUUUGGCCAAAUUCCAACACGUUAACAGGUCUAUCGGUUCUGCUAUGAAAUCCGUUGGUGAAGUAAUGGCAAUCGGCAGAAACUUCGAGGAAGCAUUUCAAAAGGCCAUCAGACAAAUCGACCCAACCUUCAUUGGUUUCCAAGGUUCCGAUGAAUUUGGUGACGAUCUAGACAAAGUAUUGGCUGAACCAACUGAUAGAAGAUGGUUGGCUGUGGGUCAAGCACUAAUUCACGAGGGUUACUCUGUGGAAAAGGUGCACGAACUUUCAAAGAUUGACUCAUGGUUCUUGCACAAGUGUAUGAACAUGGUGGACAUGUACAAGGAAUUAGAAGCGGUGAAUUCGUUGGCAGAACUUGACGUCGACUUAAUCACUAGGGCCAAGAAACAAGGUUUCUCUGAUAAACAAAUUGCUAUCUCUAUUAACAAGAAUAGCAGUGCUAAUGUUCACGAGUUAGAAGUGAGAAAAUUGAGAAAGUCUCUUGGAAUUGUUCCUUUUGUCAAGAAAAUCGACACGUUGGCAGCCGAAUUCCCGGCCAAUACUAACUAUUUGUACACUACUUACAACGCCACCAAGAGUGAUAUCGAAUUCAAUGAUAAAGGUAUGUUAGUAUUGGGUUCUGGUGUUUACCGUAUUGGUUCCUCUGUGGAGUUCGAUUGGUGCGCUGUCAACACCGCAAGAGCUUUAAGAGAAGAAGGUAAGAAGACUGUUAUGAUAAAUUACAACCCCGAGACAGUUUCUACUGACUUCGACGAAGUUGAUAGAUUAUACUUCGAAGAACUUUCAUUCGAAAGAGUUAUGGAUAUUUAUGAAUUGGAGCAUUCUGAAGGAUGCGUGAUCUCCGUUGGUGGUCAAUUACCUCAAAACAUUGCGUUGCGCUUACUUGAGGAAGGUGCUAACAUCUUGGGUACCAGUCCUAUUGACAUUGACAGAGCUGAGAACAGACACAAAUUUUCUUCCAUCUUGGACAAGAUCGGUGUCGACCAACCAGAAUGGAGUGAAUUAUCUUCUGUCAGUGAUGCUAAGGACUUUUCUAGAAAGGUUGGUUACCCAGUUCUAAUUCGUCCAUCCUAUGUGCUUUCUGGUGCUGCUAUGAGUGUGGUAAAUUCCGAACACGAACUAGAGAGUAAGCUAACUAAUGCAACUGACGUAUCACCCGACCAUCCAGUUGUGAUAUCCAAAUUCAUCGAAGGCGCUCAGGAAAUUGACGUUGAUGCUGUUGCUUACAACGGUAAAGUUUUGGCCCAUGCAAUUUCUGAACACGUUGAAAACGCAGGUGUGCACUCCGGUGAUGCCACUUUGAUCUUACCUCCCCAAAACUUGUCUGAGGACAUUAAGACAAGACUCAAGGACAUAGCUGACAAAGUCGCUGAUGCAUGGAACAUCACAGGUCCUUUCAACAUGCAGAUAAUCAAAGAUGACAGACACGCUGGAACCACUCUGAAGGUUAUCGAAUGUAACAUCAGGGCCUCCAGAUCGUUCCCAUUUGUAUCGAAGGUAUUGGGUGUCAACUUCAUCGACCUAGCAGUGAAGGCUUUCUUGGGCCAAAAGGUGCCUGAGCCAGUCGACCUCAUGGCUAAGGGCUACCCAUACGUCGCGACUAAGGUACCUCAAUUUUCUUUCACAAGAUUGGCAGGCGCAGACCCAUUUUUGGGUGUCGAGAUGGCCUCAACGGGUGAAGUAGCUGCGUUCGGUCGUGAUGCACUAGAGAGCUACUGGACUGCUAUUCAGAGUACCAUGAACUUUCAUGUCCCUCUGCCACCAAGUGGUAUCUUGUUUGGUGGAGACCUCAGCCAAGAGUACCUGGGCCAGGUUGCCCGUCUUGUCUCACCUUUGGGCUACAAGCUAUUCGCCACAAACCAGGAGACUAAGGCAUACUUAGAGAAAUACGUGCACGCCGGCUUGCAAGUGGCCAUUAUCGAAUUUCCUAAGAAUGACAAGCGCAAGUUGCGGGAAUUGUUCCAAGAACAUGACAUCAAAGCCGUUUUCAACCUUGCCGCAAAGCGUGCCGAAACGCUUGAUGACGUGGACUACGUGAUGCGCAGAAACGCUAUCGACUUUGCGAUCCCACUUUUCAACGAGCCACAGACGUCGCUGCUCUUUGCACGCGCAUUGAGUGCGAAGCUUGCAGAGAAGUUGCGGGUGCUGGAGUCCACCGACGUGGUCGUUCCAACCGAGGUGAGGACGUGGCAUGAAUGGAUUGGCCAACGCCCCAUGUGA